AUGGACGUGGACCUGGAAUCCGUAGAGAUUGUGUUUGCUCAAAAGUUAGCAUCCGGUGAACCUGCAACUCGGAGAAGAGCUCUGAACACUCUUCGUGAUUGGAUUACCCAACAAUCGAAAGUCAAAGCUUUUGACAUGGCGGAUAUGACUAGACUUACUCAGGGGCUUCACUAUGUCUUAUGGAUGCAAGAUAAAAUGCUGUUGCAAGAAGAGUUAUCAGAUAAUAUUUGUUCAUUCUUCAUGAACUUCGAAACUGAUCAAGAACGUCAGCUUUUUGUGAAAUGCAGUUUUACUUCCCUUGCGAAGUCUUGGCAUAACAUUGACAAAUGGCGAGUGGACAAAUUCCUAUUGCAUUUGAGAAAACUAAUUUUUCAACUCUUCAAACACUUGGCUUCCAUCAAAUGGAAAAAGGCUCUCCGUGACCAAUACUUUGCUGCUAUAAAAGAAUCAAUUUUCACUAACAGUACACAUGUCUCGGACGGUUUGAAGUUCCAUUUCUGUUCCUUGUUCCUCGAUGAGUUAGAUAAAGCUGGAGGAUUAUCAAAGAAACAAGUUAGCAAUAUAUUACAAUUCUUCGUCGAUAUCAUAAAAGAGAAAUCUAUCAGUGACUAUUUGUUUAAUACAAUCCUCAAAGAAUGUUUCGAAACCAUACUUCAUUCUCUCUCAGAAGAUUUCGCUGCUAAAGAAAAUGGAGAGGAGAUACCUGCUGGCCUUGAGUUCGACUAUAAAGCUAUAGGGAAAAUGUUAUUCGAUGUAGGAAAACAUCCAGACGUUAAGUCGGCACGAAGAAAGGAACUGUACAAAAUGGUGAAACUAUUUGACAUCGCUGCGAAGGGUAAAGAUCCGUUAGCUUUCGAAGCUCCAGAAGCUGCGAUUUAUUUGGCUGCUGAAGAUAUUGAAAAAGCAGCUGAUGAGCUAAUAAAACAGGAGGAAGAGAACAGAGAAGAGCGGCAACUUCAUCGUACAACUAGAAAGAAAAGAUCAGCAGCUACUCUCGUCGGAGAGGAUAUAGAGCUUGAGAAAAAAGAUUUCAAAACUCCAAAGACCAAAGCUGAGCUCAAGAUCGACGAGUUGAAAAAUAAAGUAAAGAAACCUAUGAAAAAGAAGCCAAAGAAGAGUUUGACUCCCAAGAAAAUCGAGAACACCGAAGCUACCAGCAAAGUAACUAAAUCUAUUACAAAAAAGACUCCAACUCGUAGAUCAACGAGAAGAAAGUAA